AUGAGUCCACCAUUGAAUACCAACAAGGAGCUGCCAAGCCCCCCUGUGGGUGAGAGGAGGGUUGUCAGUGACCCCGAUGACAGGGAUAGAAAUGGACGGUAUCAGGAUGAUCAUCCAGGAAUAGCCGAGUUGCCAGCAACAUCAGUACGUCAUUCCCGCCAGCAUUCCCAUCCUGCGACGCCAGCGGCUGAGGGGGUUUCAUAUGCGCAGUUGUACGAAAAACUGCAGAGUUCUGCACCUGGCGCUCGCUCUAUCAUCGAAAUGAACGAUCAGCCUAUCCCGCCAUCGAGGGGUACCACACAAGCACAAAAUAGCGCAUCAGAAAAGUUGGAUACGAGGCCCAAUGUACAAAGGGCCAAAGACGUGAUGAAGUCUGAGUCCAUUAAGAAAGACCGUGCACCAGCAGGCAAAGAAGCGAGCAGUGGGAGACCUACCCAGAUGAGUCGGACCCAGAAGGAAAAAGACAGGAAGAAGCGGAGCAAGGCAAAAGUACUGAUGGAACACGUGGAUCUUAUCAAGGAUGAAUUCUGGGAGAAAAGACCGUGGAUCUUGAGCGGAAAGACGGGAUAA